AUGAUUUUAGAUUAACAUCAAUCAAGUAAUUAUAGCUAGAUAUAAUCCUAACAAUAUCAUAGUAAAUCAAGGCAGAUUGAGACGGAGGAAUAAAUAGUUAAGUUUACAAUAAGAUAAGAUUUUUUAAAUCUUCUUGCCAUAGCUGCUGAUUAUCAAGCAGGCUUAAAUCUUUAAGGAAGCUAGAAAAACAUGGAAUAAAUUAUCACUAUGUUGCACAACAAAUUAAUAUUGUAGGUUAAUCUUUCGAGUUCAAUUCAUUUGGAUUAAUAAUAAUAAUGCAAAAAUUCUCCUCAACUGAAUGAAACAUUAAUAAAAGAAAAACGUGAUGUAGAGAACUUUCUAAAAUCUAUAAUAAAGGAAAAAAAAUUUGCUCCUUAAAUUGAAAAACAUCUCAAAAGUUACUUAGAUAAUUGCCUAAAUGACUAUCCUAGAUUAGUAAAUGACCCAUUAAAUCCUGUUAAAAAUAAGGCUGAAUUCAAUCAAGAAACUAUUUAAAAACUCUUUUGUUCUAUUAGUUAAACUGAUUAAAAAUACAGUGAUAUUUAAAGAGGGAAAGUUUAAGCAAAAGAAUUAUCAUAGAGUGAUAUUGACAAGCAUAUAGAGUAAAAAAAUUAUGUUAUAAAUUUAGGGAAAGACUGCAUGCUGCCCAUCAUAAAUUGUAAGAUCGCUAGGAAAGAGGAUGCAAUAUUUGCUAAUUAAUCUGAACAAGAAAGAAUGAAAAUUUUUUUAUUAUAC